AUGCCUUCAUCCAAGGGAAAGCCUACUGACCCUGAACUGAGGGAGGAGCUUAAAGAGGAAAUUAAACAGGAACCAAACAAGUCAGGCGGCGGUGAGGGACAAUGGUCAGCGUGGAAGGUAAGCGGGAUUACCAACAGAGCAGCAAUCACUACCGCACAGGCAUCCAAGUUGGCGAAAGAAUACGAGAAGCAGGGCGGCGACUACGAAAACGAGGCCGGCUCGAAAAACGAGCCAAAGAAGGGCGCACCUCAGCACAAGAGCGAGAGCAAGAAACAAGCAGAGACUGAGAAGUCAUUCACGAUUGAAGAAGGAGACAUCAGUUCCGACCGCGACGAAGACGACUGCUGGACGCCUCUACAACGAGCCGCUCGCGCAGGAGACUUAUCCGGCGUACGCGCAGCCCUCGCCUCCGGAGCAGACGUCAACGAGCCUCCGCAGGGAUACUACGGCCGCACCGCGCUCCAGGCCGCCUGCUCGGCGUCCCACGCCGAGGUCGUAUCGGCAAUCCUGGAAGCCGGGGCGGAUGUCGACGCUCCUCCGGGCAAUAAUGACGCGCGGAAUGCGCUACAGCUCGCGAGCGGGCAACCUGACGUGGACAUUGUGAGGAUGCUGCUCGACAAGGGCGCCGAUGUGAAUGCGCCGGCAGCGCGGUACCACGGGGCCACGGCGCUACAGUCAGCUUGCAGCGGGGGACAAAUGGAGGUUGUCAGGGUACUUUUGGACGAGGGGGCGGAUGUGAACGCGCCGCCGGCGACGACGGGUGGUAGGACGGCGUUGCAGGCGGCCGCCGCCCACGGGUUCGCAGAUCUGGUUACGCUGCUGAUGGAUCACGGGGCCGAGGUCAAUGCGCCAGCGAGCCGACACAAGGGGUUCACGGCGUUGCAAGCGGCGAGCCAACGUGGUGAUGACGGGAUGGUGAGGAUGCUGCUGGGCGCUGGGGCGGAUGUGGAUGCCGAAGGGAGCAGGUUCAAGGGCGGGAGGGCGCUGCACGCCGCAGCAGAGGGAGGGCAUGUUCGCGUAUGCGAGAUGUUACUGGACGCCGGAGCCGAGAUCGAGGCUGGAUCUGGAGGAUGGGGUGGUGGGCAGACUGCUCUACAGGGCGCGGCUGCGAGGGGUCACGAUGCGGUGGUUCGGCUUUUGCGGGCGAGGGGAGCGACGGGAAUGGAAGGUGGAGGGACCUUUUUGUUUGAUAGAGUUUAG